CGUUAUACAAUAUACAUAUCAUAUAUAAAUUUCUGUUCGUCACUUGCGUGUCUAAAAAAAGACUAUAAUAUAAUUACGUAAUAUUCCGAAGCGCGUCAAACAAGACUGUUAUUCGAAUAAUUAAUAAUUAUUUUGAGAUUUACAUUCUGUUUUCUCCAUGACAAGGUUUUCGAUAUUUCGACGCCAGUCUUCCAAGUUCCAAGUGCUUCACAUUUUUGUACAAGAUUUAUACAGAAGAAUGCAAGGUUGACAUCACCCAUUUUUGAAUCGAAAUCAAUAGUUGUUGAAAGUAAUAGAAGAGAGUACUACAUAUUAAAUAAAGAGUUUUUCGAGUUUUUAUCGCGCACAAGCAUGGAGUGCUUAAUUCGAGUAGAACCAGACGAAUCAUGGAAUGGAGAAGCUCGCGUUAGAACGAAAUUAAUUGAUAAUCACAUACUAUACGACGAACAUUCUUCUACCGUAUCGAAUAAUCUUACUGUUAAAGAUUUGGAAAAUAUUCCAACGCAUCGAAGUGAAACGUCUGAGAGAAAAUACAUCCUUGUGUUUCAUCAUUUUGAGCAACUCGGCAAGACAACAGAAAACCUGUUACAACUUGCAGCUCUAGCCGGUGAUUGGUCCAGGAUUGUUGUAGAACCUGAAGUCAAAAAUUCGAGGUUUUACAUGCAUUCAGAACCGAAUGCUUACCCAAUGGAAACCUAUUACAACAUCACAAAUCUAAAUGUACUGUUGCAAGCAAAUGGUUAUUCAAAGCUUGUUAAAAUGAGACAUUUUCGUCAAGACUGCAAUUUUAGAAAUCACGGUGCUAAAACAACCUUAGUACAUUUUCUUUACAGUGAUGUUCAUAAGGGUAACACAAAAUUGUGGUUCGGGAAGAACGACAAAGAUGUUGGCGAAAUUGUACGCAAGACCUUAUCUAGUGGCUGGACUGAUUGCCAUUUUAUACGGCGACAUCUAACUGCGACAAAAGCACUGGAAGGUAUUGAAAUUGGACGGCAGGUGUGUGUAAAUCCAGAGAUUUUACGGGAUAUCAAGGAGUUUGAGAAGAAAGUUUUGCUUGGUGACAAAUGUGUAAUUUUUACAGAAUGGCGAGGUUUGGGUAAGCAACGUACGCAUUUUCAUCCAAUAUUUUGGCCAUUCUUAACCCCAGCAGAUCUGAAACACCGUAUAUUACUGAGUGACAUAAUCAGACAAGAAACCGCUUCUUUUAUUGAACGUAAUCUUCCAAAAAACUUUAUUUCUGUUCAUAUGAGAACCGAACGCUUGUUCGUAGCAAACUUGUACAAAAAGUUACAUUAUUGUGUUGAUCACGUUCUCCACCUGGUUAACAUUCUUCGCUCACUUCGUAAUGUUUCCACUGUAUUUCUUGCGACAGACAUGGUCAGUUUCGGUUCAGAUCUUUUUGAUCGCAGGAAAUUCUCUAUUAAAAACGUUACUGGCGAAUAUUUAAUAAGCCGGGAAGACAUAACUGAUAUACAUCAUGAUAUAGCUCGUCGUUUAAACGCAGUAACAUAUCAACCUUCACACAAUCCUUAUACAAAUGAUAAAGGAAUUUUUUCCCUCGUUGAAUUGAGCAUAUUAAAAAAUGGUAUAGAUCUCGUCACGCUUGGCUCGGGUACUUUUCAUGCCUGGAUUGUUAGUGCUUUUCAACAUAAUCAAAUUGAGAUUCGACGCAGUGGUUAUACCAUAUCAGAAAUAUGUGGCUCAGAAAACUAUUAAAAAAAUCUUCAUUCAUAUCCAGGAUCGUAAAGAACUGAUCUUCAAUUUAAUUGUACAGUUGAAUUAUAGUAAUUAAUAUUAAAGCUUUUAUUAAAUCUUGAGAAAUUUUACUCACAAAAA